AUGGCCGGUACAAGAAGGAGACGAAGAAAUGGACUAAAACGUCAUCGCUGUACGCACUGUGACAAAUCCUUCACAUCUGGAUAUUUGAAGAUUCAUCAGCGAGUUCACACUGGAGAGAAACCGUACAGCUGUGACCAGUGUGGGAAAACUUUCACUCAAUCAGGUGCCCUAAAAAUCCACCAACGUGUUCACACUGGAGAGAAACCGUACUCGUGUGAACUGUGUGGAAAAAAUUUCAGGUCGUUGGGUAACCGUAAGUAUCACCAAUGUGUUCACACUGGAGAGAAACCGUACUCGUGUGAACAGUGUGGAAAACAUUUCACUCAAUCAGGUGCCCUAAAAAUCCACCGACGUGUUCACACUGGAGAGAAACCGUACUGGUGUGAACAGUGUGGAAAAACUUUUAGUCGAUCAGGUCACCUAAAAAACCACCAACGUGUUCACACUGGAGAGAAACCAUACAGGUGUGAACAGUGUGGAAAAACUUUCAAUCGAUCACAUGUCCUAAAGAAGCACCAACGUGUUCACACUGGAGAGAAACCGUACUGGUGUGAACAGUGUGGAAAAGCUUUCGCUCAAUCAAAUGCCCUAAAACUCCACCAACGUGUUCACACUGGAGAGAAACCGUACUCGUGUGAACAGUGUGGAAAAGCUUUCACUCAAUCAAGUGCCCUAAGAACCCACCAACGUGUUCACACUGGAGAGAAACCGUACUGGUGUGAACAGUGUGGAAAAACUUUCAAGUCAUCAGAUGGCCUAAAAUACCACGAACAAGCUCACACUGGAGUGAAACCAUACAGCUGUGGCAAAUGUGGCAAAUCUUAUACCAAAAGAAGACCCCUUACAAGACACAAAUGCAUUGACAAAGCAUCAUUGUGACAGUUUUCACAGAGCCGAGCUAAACAGCAAAAUUAAACUGCAGUACCCGGGUUUCGACCAGGAGAGGGCAGUUGGAUUUGGUAUACAGUAUAUACAAUAUGAACAGGUCUGAAAUAGAAUGAUCAAUGUAUAAUAAGUGGUAACCAGUAAACAGGUGCUGAUUAGAGACAGAGUUACUGGGUUAUUGCACAGGAAUUGUUCCUGACACUGAGAGUCAGAAAUCUCAAUCAGAAAUGUGAUGUUCCCCAGUCUCACCUGCUGCCUCCUGUCAGUCAGGAAGUUUGUGAUCCACUGACAGGUGGAGGCUGGCACGGUGAGCUGGGUGAGUUUGGUGCUGAGGAU